AUGCUCUCCUCGAACGGAGAUGCUUCCCCUGUUGCCAAUCAACAUAUUCCUAAUGGUGCACACCACCACCACGUCGAGCUCGAUUCCUCCGAAAUAGAAGACCAUGACGCUGCUCUAGCCUCAUCGACACCAGCUAACGACAUGGUCGGGUCAACAUUGAUAGAACGUUUAAACAGCAAUGAGGACGGCGAAGCAGAUGAUGACGCUGAUGCCGACGCUGACGGUGACUACGAGAUGGAAAUUGAGCACAAGCAAGAGCCUACCGACGAAGAAGCAGCCUCGUCCUCAGAUGAGUCGAUCAGACCUGCUAAGAGGAAGCUUCCCCCUACCGAAGAGGAUGAUUACAUGCGUAACAAUCCAGAUCUCUACGGCCUGCGUCGAAGUGGUCGUGCGAGACCUACGCAGACGCUCGCCGAGUCCUCAGAUGAGGAAGAUUCUGAUGCUAUCUCUCGUCCUCGAAAGCGUCUCCGACAGUCAUCACGUCCCGUCUCGAAACAGCAUACGCCGAACGUCGAGAGCCUCAGCGAUCUAAGCGACAACUCUGAUGAAUAUGGUGGUCGUCAUAAAAAACUGACCAAGAAACAAAAAAAGCGCUUCCUUGAUUCUUCCACUGGCCUCAGCCCUGCUCAUGCCGAAGUUCGUUUCUCAACCCGUCGUGCUCACAAAGUCUCUAACUACAACGAGGAUGACGAGGAUCCUUUUGUAGAAGAUGAAUCAGAAAUGAUGACACCCAACCAUUGGGCUACUGCCCAAGAGGAAACCGGUCCAGCAAUUGACAUCGUCCUCAACCAUAGACUGAAACCAGACAUUACGACACCACAGCACACUAAGGAAGAGUAUGAGUUCUUGAUAAAGUGGCAGCAGCAGGCCUACUUCCACGCCACCUGGGAGACAAUUGAGAGCUUAGCUGGUGUUCGGUCAGCACGUCGGCUUGACAACUACAUCAGGAAGACCCUUGCUGAAGAUAUUCGGGUCAUGACAGAUCCGGAGAUCUCUCCUGAAGAGAAGGAGAAGUGGAUUCUCGAUAGAGAACAAGUUCUUGACGCAAUCGAGGACUACAAAAAGGUCGAACGAGUCAUCGGUGGUCGUCCUGGCGAGGAAGACAACGAAUAUUAUGUCAAGUGGAAAGGCCUUUUCUACGAUAGUGCAACUUGGGAAGCGGCCGGUCUCGUCAGUGAGAUAGCACAAGAUAAGGUCGACGCUCAUCUGAAUCGACAGACAGAGAAUUUCAAAUCUGAUUCGACAGAGCAAAGCCCUGCUACCCGCUCAAAAUUCACUAGACUUCACGAACAGCCAGACUACAUCAAAUUCGGCCAGCUAAGAGACUUCCAAAUCGUUGGCCUCAAUUUUCUGGCUUUCAACUGGACCAAAGGCAUGAACGUUGUCCUUGCUGAUGAAAUGGGUCUCGGAAAGACGGUUCAGACUGUCGCCUUCCUCAACUGGCUUCGUCAUGAUAGAGGCCAACAAGGUCCCUUCCUUGUCGUCGUUCCGCUAUCUACGAUGCCAGCCUGGGCUGACACCUUCGACCUGUGGGCUCCUGACAUUCACUAUGUCGUCUACAAUGGCAACACCAACGCCCGGAACAUUAUUCGUGACUAUGAGCUCUUCCCUGACGGCAAUGUCCGCCAUCCUCGAUUUCACGUUUUGCUUACUACCUAUGAGUACGUUCUGACAGAUGCCACCUUCCUCAGUCAAGUCAAAUGGCAGUUUCUUGCCGUUGACGAAGCUCAUCGACUGAAGAAUCGGGAGUCACAGCUAUACGAUCGUCUUCGUGAAUUCAAAGCUCCUGCUCGACUAUUGAUCACUGGCACACCUGUCCAGAACAACCUCGGCGAGCUGUCAGCACUUUUCGAUUUCAUAAAUCCUGGUGUCGUGAACAUCGAUGAGAACAUGGAUCUUACAGCCGAGGAAGCCAGUGCCAAGAUUGCUAAACUUACAGAGGACAUCAAGCCAUAUAUGCUGCGUCGUACAAAGCAAAAGGUUGAGAAGGAUCUUCCUCCGAAAACUGAGAAAAUCAUUCGAGUGGAACUUUCUGACAUCCAGCUCGAAUAUUACAAGAAUAUCCUGACGAAGAACUACGCUGCUCUCAACCAGGGUGCAAAGGGCCAGAAACAAUCCUUAUUAAACAUAAUGAUGGAACUGAAGAAAGCUAGCAAUCAUCCGUUCAUGUUCCCGGCCUGUGAGGAAAGGAUGGUACCACAAGGUGCUCGCAAGGAAGAGGUUCUCCGAGCCCUCGUUACCAGCAGUGGCAAGAUGAUGCUUCUCGAUCAACUUCUGACAAAGCUCAAGCGUGAUGGACAUCGUGUGCUGAUUUUCAGUCAAAUGGUCAGGAUGUUGGACAUACUCGGUGAUUAUAUGGAUUUCCGUAACCAUUCUUACCAACGUCUAGAUGGCACUAUUUCUGCUACAGCACGACGAGUUUCCAUCGAGCACUUCAACGCUCCUGACAGCACCGACUUCUGCUUCUUGCUGUCGACACGCGCUGGUGGUCUCGGCAUCAAUCUUAUGACAGCGGACACUGUCAUCAUCUUCGACUCUGACUGGAACCCUCAGGCUGAUCUUCAAGCCAUGGCUCGAGCUCACAGAAUUGGCCAAACAAGGCCUGUCAGCGUGUAUCGCCUCGUGUCAAAAGAAACCAUCGAGGAGGAAAUUCUCGAGCGAGCUCGCAACAAACUCAUGCUAGAAUUUUUGACAAUUCAAAGAGGCGUAACGGACAAAGAAACGCAGGCUCGCAGAAGCGCUUUGGUUGGAGAGCCUGGCAGCUCUAAUGAAAUAUCGAGGAUAUUGAAGAAGAGAGGCCAGCGCAUGUUCGAACAAACUGACAAUCAAAAGAAAUUGGAAGAAUUGGAUCUCGAUGCUGUUCUCGAGAAAGCAGAAGACUACAAGGUCGAGCAACCUGACGGCACAGAGGCAGAUGGUGGCGAAGACUUCCUACGAAGUUUCGAUUUCGUUGAUGUCAAAGUCGACGAUAUGUCCUGGGACGACAUUAUCCCGAAAGAGCAUUUGGAAGAGAUCAAGGCUGAAGAACAGAAAAAAGCUGACGAAAAAUACCUUGCUGAGGUUAUUGAGCAGAACAAGCCAAGAAACGUUCGUAAUCGUGAUGCAGAUGAUCGUGAGGCACGCCAGGCCAGAAGAAUUCAGCACCGCGAGGAAGCUCCAUCUGACAGCGAAUCCGAGGAGAACCCAAAUGCCGACCCGUCUCGUCCGCUCAAUGAGCGAGAGUAUCGCUACUUAAUCAAGGGUCACCUCAAGUUUGGUGCUCUCGACGAUCGAACUGAAGAGUUCCUGGGCGAGGCUCGUCUGCGCAAUAGGAACUUCGACAUUGUCAAGACUGCUAUGCAAGAGGUUCUUGAUCGUGCAACCUUUUUGUGGAAGGAAGAGCAGGACCGAAUGACGAAUCUCGAGCGAUCAGGCAAACAAAUUACCAAGAAAGACAAGAAGGCAGUACUGUUCGAGCACAAGGGUGUCAAACGUAUCAAUGCCGAAACUUUGCUCGAUCGUCCAGGUGAGAUGCGGUUGCUGCGAGAGGUGACUUCUCUUCCAGAUCCCAAAAGCUUCCGCGUUCUGGAAGCGACCAAGGCUGCAGGUUAUUCUUGUCCAUGGGGUGCUCGCGAGGACGGCAUGCUCUGCGUCGGUGUUGCUAGGCAUGGUUAUGGUUCAUGGGAGAAGAUUCGAGACGAUCCUGAUCUCGGUCUACAGGACAAGUUCUUCCUUGAGGAGCAUCGUGUCGACAAAAAGGCGGAACGUGAAGGUCAAGAAGGCCGCCAUGCCAAGUCCCCUGGUGCCGUCCAUCUUGUAAGAAGAGCUGAUUAUCUGCUAUCGGUCCUGAAGGCCAAGUACGGUGACGAUGCUCAAGCUAAGAAAGCGGUCGAAAAUCACCAUCGAAACAACAAGAAGCAGCGUGAACACAACGAGCUCAAAGCUUCUACUCCAGGCGGUAAAAAGAGAGAGUCUGACAAGCAUCGGCAUCGAACAGGCAGCGCUAGCCAUCGAGACAGCAUGGAGAGAUACCCCACUCCACGACUGGACUCGCGGCACAGCAGAGAUGAUCGCGACCGUGAAAGAGAGCGCGAUCGAGACCGAGACCGGGAGAAGGAUCGACCUAGGGAUGAUCGCGAUCGUGAUCGUGAACGAAAGCACAAGGUCGAGCGUGAGCACUCCACCAACCAUCGACAUGGCAGUGAGCACAGACGAGCAGAUAGUCAUGCGAAUGGGACUUCGACUGCCGAGGAGGACCAGAUGAUGAAGAUCAUGUUCAAGCCCGUCCGAGAAAGCUUAAAGAACAUGAAACUGGCUACCAAAGGCAAUAUUCCUGAUAGUCAGGCUCGAGCUAACGCGCUGCGGGGGUUUCUCAAAGAAGUCGGCGCAUUCAUCUCCGAUUCUAUGGGUGAUGUCGAGGAGGCUCAUGAUUCUAUGGAAAAAAGAUUCUGGGAGUAUGCUGUCACAUAUUGGCCCAACAAGGGUAUCAAAGGUGAUGAGUUAGCCACCAUUCACCGCAAGAUUAUCGCCUCCGAGAAAGACCUCGCUGGCGAUGCCUCUCCACAAACACAAAACGAGACGAAUGAUCACAGACCAAAUGGUCACUACCAUACAUCACCGCCACGAUAG